CGGUACAGUCAGACACAGAGAGAAACAAUUGAAAUACUUUUAUUUUUAGCAAAAAUCAAUUUUUAAACUCAAAACGAGAUGUCGACAUUCGUGCCGGAAAUACGCAUAACGCGUAUUACGGAAACGUAUCUGGAAGAUGCGCUCGAAGAAAUGGCGGAGGCGGCAAAGCCACGCCCACCGACCAGGGCGCAGAAAAAGGCGGCGCGAAAAGAGGCAAAGCGCCUGCAGAAAAUCGCCGACCAGAAACUGAUCAUGCGCCAUGAUCUGGAGACGGAGCUGGAGCUGGGCAAGCGCAUGGAUUUGCGCGGCAUGGAGGAAUGGAACUCCAUUGCCGAGCAGAUCAAAAUAGUUGAGCUGCGCAAUGAGAUAAUCACAUGGGGCGAGCGCGCCGAGCGCAUUUUUGAGAACAAAAACGAUCACAUCCAAAUGCUGAUCGACGAUAUCGCCCAGACGAAUGAGCAGCAUGCGCGCAAUUAUGGCCGCACCGUGGAGCUGAUCGAUCACAUUAGCGAAUGCUACCAGGCGAUGCUGGAAGGCAACAAGCGCAUGUACGAACAGCAGGCCGAGGAUCUGCUCAAGGAGUUCUACGACGAGGUGCAUCUGCGCACCGAAGAAGUGGAGGCAAUGCAUACGAACAGCGAGAACAUAAUCCAUGCCUCCAAUCUGUUCACGCGCGACCAGCUCAAGGAGGACUAUCAAAUCUAUCUGGAGCAGCGCGAUGACAAUGUCAACCGCGAGAUCGAGCAUCGCUUCGACAUACGCGAUCAGGUUGUCAGCAAAAUGAAUGACAUGCAGCGCCAGCUAAACGAGUUCGUGGAUGCCCUGCACAGCACCGAGCUGGAUGCCCACAAGUACGAGCGCAUCCGUUCGCUGACGGAACGCCAGCAGGCGUUCGUGGAGGAGAGCAAGAAGCUGAACGUUGAGGAGGCCAAGUACAGCAUCAUGCUGAACGAUAUACAGAGCGAGACGCUGCGCAUCGAGACGCAGAACAAUGGGACCAUUAACGAUUUGCGCCUUGAGUUCGAGUACUUUACGAAUGUGCGCAAGAAGAUCGAGGAUCGGAUGCAUGCGGAUCGCAUAACCACGCACGAGAAGCUGCGCAUACUCAGCACCGAGUGCUAUGAGCUGACCAAGAAAUUCGAGAAGAUCGUGAAGAGCGGCGAGCUGCUGCUCGCGCUGUCCAUCACGUGCCGGAAGCUGCAAACGGAGUCCGAGAAGAUCAUUGUGGGCGGCGAGGUAGUUGAGCCCAUCGAUGUGGGCCCUAUUGAUGAAAACUUUACGCUGCAAACGCUGGACAUGAAACAGCACGUCGAUCUCACCGAGGAGGAUCUGGUCAUGCUCAAUAACGGACUGAAGAACUUUUGGCGCCAACAGGCCGUGGCCCAGGCCCAGAACAUGCUGCUGCUGGAGGAGAAGCGCAAGCUGACCGAGGAGAAUCAGCGUCACAUCGACUUCAUCAAGUCGAUGAGCAAGACCGACAAUGCCGAGGAGCUGCGCUCCGCCAUGCACGUCAAACCAUGCCUGGAGAAGGUGCCGCUGCUUUUCGAUACCCAAUGCCGCUUCUUCAAGCUGCGCGUCACCAAGGGCUCGGCAACUGCCGGCAAGGAUGCCCAAAGGCAGGCGGUGAACACCAUCAAGAUGCUGUGCGGCAGCAAAUGUAACCUUGAUCCCGAAAAGAAAAGCGAUUAGCCAAAAGACUCGCCACACUGAAAACUCGUGAAAUAAGCGUGGAAAUGUAAUUCAAAAGUUUGACUAACAGCUAUUUAUUAGCCCAGCCCUAAGUAACCCAAUAGCAUAAUAUAUAUAAUAUCAAAGAAUCUGGAGUGUAAAUCGUUAACUGUUCUCAAAUUGAAUCUAGAGAAAUACGAAAGCAACUAAAACGAGCGAAUAUUUGUCGCGUGAAACAAGAGUGGAAAUGCCUAGUAAAGGGCUACAUGCUAGCCUUCAUAGUAAAUAUUAUCGAAGAGUCUGGAGUAUAUAUUAUUAACUUUUCUCGACUUGGACAUUAAUCGAAUCUAAGCCUUGAAUAACCCAAUAUCACAAUAUAUAAUCAAAAAGUCUUGAGCAAAUUUCGUAAAAUUUUGUCAACUUGGACAUUAAUCGAAUCUAGAGAAAAACCAAACUAAACGAGUGAAAUACGAGUGGAAAAGUCUAGUGAAGAGCUACGCCCUUGAAUAACCCCAUAUGACAAUAUAUGUAUGUAUUAUCGGAGUCUGGAGUUAACUAAACUGUUCUCAACUUAGGCACUAAUCGAAUCUUAGGGCUAUUGUCGUUUGAAUAUUUGGAUCGUGAAAUAAGCGUGGAAAUGUAAUUGAAAAGUCUAGUUGUCACUUAUCAGCCUUAAAUAACUAAAUCACCUAAUAUCGUAUAUAUAUAAUGUGUAUUAUCAAAAAUUACAAAUAUAAUUCAAGUCUAGUUUUAUUAGCUUUGCAAAACAA